UUAGCACAUUUCGCAGCAAAACACGGCGUGAGUUUCAGAAUAAAAUCGCUUUCUCAGUUCUCGACACGUAUAGCUCCAAGAUAAAUUCGUGAUCUCAUGUCUGCAAAUUGUUUCGGGGUUAUAAUGUAAACACACUUGAGUGCGCGAAAACAAGGAAAUUUUAUUCUCAUUUUGCCUUUUCUUCCUUGAAUAAAAGUAAUUGAAGGUGUUCUGACGCAUACCAAUAUUCCGGAUAGAAAGUUGCAUUAGGAUUAUGUUGGAUGGGGUGAACGCAUUUAUAAGUAAAUGUGCUGCGUUUUCUGGCGGUCGUGUCAUUCCAGUGAACUAGGAUAGGUCAUCCUCGAGCACCUGCUUUGUAGGUGACAAGAUGUAUAGGUUCAGGCGGUCUCCAUUGUCGAAUUGUUCCAAGUUUUGUUUGUUUUCCUUUUUUUGACAGGUGAUGACUCAACUCUCCAAAAUUUCAUUGUUGGGAGUUUGUAGUCACUUCGCUGCUUAUAAUUGAUUAUAUGUGAGGUUGUAGACGUUCUGCAAAAACAUGCUAAUAUGAAAAGUGUAUACGGGCAUUAAACACAAUGCAGAGGCUUCAGAAAAUGGCUGCAAAGACUGAUAAUUCGAGAUCGAUUGACAAUCAAAACGAUGGAAGCAGCAUGGAAAAAGAAAUGAUGACGCUCACUGGUAGUGACACUUCCGGUCGCCGUGUCCCGCCUAAUUACCUUUACAAUACAGGAUCCGAACAGGGAAUUGGCAGCCCGGAUCAUGACCAAAGGAUUCAUAAUCGUAAUCAUGCGACGGAAGACCAAUUGGGUCCUCUGCCUUCUAAUUGGGAAAAGGCUUAUACAGAAUCAGGAGAAGUUUACUUUAUAGACCACAACACCGGAACUUCUCACUGGCUCGAUCCUCGGUUAUCGAAAUUUCAAAAACGAUCUCUCGAAGAGUGCCUUGAUGAUGAACUGCCUUACGGAUGGGAGAAAAUUGAUGACACGCUUUACGGUACUUACUUUAUCGAUCACGUGAAUCGACGAACUCAAUAUGAAAAUCCAGUAUUGCAAGCGAAACGAGCUCAGCAAAAUAUGUCGGACAGGAAGAGUCCUAAUUUCACGAGAAACCCUGAACAAUUAAAGGGUCAAAGAAUUCGCUCAUCGCUCAUCAAGAGUUCUCGAGGCCUUGGUUUCACAAUCGUUGGUGGAGAUGACACAGUCGAGGAAUUUUUACAAAUUAAAAGUGUCGUUCCUAACGGACCUGCCUGGCUAGAUGGAAAACUUCAAACCGGAGACGUCUUGGUUUAUGUAAAUGACACCUGUGUGCUAGGUUUUACCCACAAUGAAAUGGUCAAUGUUUUUAAGUCAAUUAGCACCGGAGAAACCGUUUCUUUGGAAGUUUGUCGAGGCUAUCCACUACCGUUCGACCCUAAUGAUCCUAACACAGAAGUCGUCACUACCAUCGCUGUCAACGCGCCCGACAUGUCGAAUGAAGAGCCUGGAAUGUACAUGGAUCUGGAACCCGGCAUGCAAUCUGGAGGCCGCUUCAAUUUCAUGGACACUUCCUUCCUCCCCGUCAACAAUAGGCAAAACGGCGAAAAUUUAGCCACAGCCUCAGUGAAUUCAAUGCCCGACCUUUGCAUUUCUGACAAAAUCAGUACGAUCAAAAGACCAAGCAGCACAGAUAUUCUGCUAUCUGAAAGCGGAGAUCUGAACGAUCGGAAGGAUUCUCCCGUGCCUUCGAAUCCAGAAUUCCUCAGCAUUUCGGUAGUCAAAGGAGCUAUGGGAUUUGGAUUCACUAUUGCUGAUUCGGCCCAGGGUCAAAAAGUUAAAAAAAUUCUCGACGGACUGCGCUGUAAAAGGUUGGUGGAGGGCGACAUCCUCGUCAACAUAAAUGACGUCAAUGUCAGAAACAUGUGUCACACUGAAGUUGUCAAUGUUCUCAAGGAUUGUCCUCGAAAUCAGGAAGCCCUUAUUUAUGUUCAAAGGAUGACACCAAAGUCUAAAGAAAAGAAGGAGAAAAACUCGCAUGAUUUUUAUCGAAGCAAGACCCCCACUGCCGAUAUUUAUAGUACUCAGACGAAAACAGUGGUGCCUACGCGUCCAAAAACGCCCUUGAUUGAUACCAGGACACAUCUCAAGUCUCCAGAUGAUAUGAGAAGACCGAACUGGAACGAACUUCCGAACGAAAACGACAUGAAUCCGCUUGAUAAUCGAUUCAAGUAUCAAGAUUAUAAUCAUGGAAUGUAUUAUACUGACCCUUACAAGUCGAAUAUUGCCAAUCUUUCUGAUAACUUUGCGACGAUGGCUAAUUUGGAUGAUGAAAGGGAGGCAAUGAAGAGGGAAUGGGCUGGUGGGGACAAAUUUAAUAUGACAAACGAAAUGUACUCUGUUGAUCCUGUACAUCACGAGAAUAUUAUGAAACAAAAUGGCAGUACACAUUCCGAUUAUUACAAGGAGCUCUAUGCCAUUCAACAACAUUCCCAGUACAGCGAGCAGGAUUAUAAUGCGUAUGCGAUCGGGCAGGAACAAAAUGUUGAUACUGGCGAGAUUUGGGACAAAAGAAAAGAGACGACGAGCUUCGAACAUGAGCAGCCACAUUCCAGUUCCAUGCCUCGGUAUCCGCAGUAUAAUAAUGAUUUGGUGUGUCCAGCAAUACCGGACAUAGAAUGGAUUGAAACACUGGUGACUUUAGUCAGACAAGACACGGGUUUUGGUUUCAGGAUAGUCGGCGGCACUGAAGAAGGAUCUCAGCAGGUUUCCGUUGGUCACAUUGUACCUGGAGGUGCAGCAGACAUGGACAGUCGACUAAACACCGGUGAUUUGAUAAUGUCCGUCGAUGGAGAGAGUGUAAUGAAUUCGUCUCACCGACACGUCGUUCAAUUAAUGAUAGCCGCUGCUCAAAACGGAGUAGUGACGUUAGGUAUCCGUCGGCGUAUCAACAUUCAGGAACAUCUACGAGACAAUAUACAGGGCUCCUAUGGCCGACAAAUGAACAUCCAGUAUCCUUACGACGUCGCCGUGACUAGAAUGGAGAAUGAGGGAUUUGGAUUCGUUAUAAUUUCUUCCGUCAAUAAAGCUGGCUCUACAAUUGGCAGAAUUAUUGAAGGUUCUCCAGCUGAAAGAUGCGGAAAGCUAAAUGUUGGAGAUCACAUCCUCGCAGUUAAUCACGUGGAUAUCACGAACGUCUGUCACAAGGACAUUGUAAACCUAAUUAAAGAUUCGGGGUACUCGGUGACUUUAACGAUCGGCUAUCCCUUGGAUGACUGCUGCAGCAGCACAUCUCUUUCACAAAAGGAUGAGUCUACAGGAGAUGGAGAUGGUGGUCAAUAUCAUGCUGUCGAAUUGACUAGGGGAACUCGGGGUUUUGGCUUCAGUAUACGCGGCGGUCGUGAAUUUCAAAAUAUGCCACUGUUUGUCUUGCAAAUCGCAGAAAACGGUCCUGCUUCCGUGGACAACAGACUUAGAGUCGGCGACCAAAUUAUUGAAAUCAAUGGCAUCAACACCAAGAAUAUGACGCACACCGAAGCAAUCGAAAUUAUUCGAAACGGCGGACCUAGCGUUCGACUUCUGGUUCGACGUGGUUGCCAAAUGCCUUCAGUGGUAGGUGCCUCUUCUCACCUCUACGAUAUGAAUAUUUAAAGUUAAUCCAAUAACAAAGCCUCGAUCGCAAUCAAAUUAAUGAUGCCACAUUCAGUCUCACGACUAACAUCGAAACUUAUUUCAAUUCAAGAGCUUCAGCCUAUAAUCACUAUUAUCGUAUAAGAAAAACGGGAAGUUAAAAAAGUUACUUACGAUUGAGAAAUUCGAUUUAUUGAUCAAAAUGACGCACGAUCUUUUGUUUCAAGUGCGAUUCUUUAGAAGUUGCUCUUUAGAAGUUGCAGACGACAAAAGAAAAAUUAAAUCAACAGUCCGCUUAUCUGAGAAUAAGACAAUUGAUCGCGGAAGUAAAAGUAUGAGAAACAACAGGCUUUGCAAAACAUUCGGAUUUCAAUACUCAAUGAUUGAUAAACUCAAUACCUUGUGAUAUUGAAAUAUAAUAUUUAAAUUUUAAACAAAAUUACGAAAUUGCAAACUGCUCAAAAUUUUGAAACA